AUUUUUUACUUCCGGGUGAGACAAAUCGGGCGCCAUCUUGUCUUGUUCCCGAAGAAGUAGAAGCAUCGAAAGCGUUGGAGAGGUAUUACCGGAACGACGGCGACAAGGGUGUUCCCGAACUAGAGUGGGGCAUACAUAAUCUUGCUGCUAUGCUUCGAAGCUGUAGUCUGAAUCAACCUAAGUUUUAAACAGAAGGUGAACCUCUGAGGUCAGUUUAAAUAGCAGUUGGUGUGUCUUCUUGGUGUUUCGUAUUUAUUUGUUAACUCUUAAUUAAAGUUGUAAGUGAAGUUACUUUUCAAGGGCUCUAAUAACCUAUUUAGCCUUAAAGGGCUCUAAAGGUGUACUUGGGAAACUGGACAGGACAAAAAGGGGAGGAAGAAGGAAACAGUGAACAGAGGUUAGAAAAAAAAAUAUAUUUAACUUGGAACUGAUACCCAAACCAGUUGUUGGCCUCAUUUGUGCUAUGUAGUGCCUAUUUUGCCAUAUUCUAAUAAUGUCAUUGUGAUUGAUGACAUUAGUGUAACUCGAGGACAGGUACAUUUGAAUGAUAAGUAAAUCAAGGUAACAAAUACACCUCCCAUAAUUCACAGUGUUCUUCAUUUGAGGGAUUAGUAUCUGCCACAGAUAGAACUAUACCUGUAUGGCAUUCUGGGAAUGCUGCGAAGACUGGAGUUGGAAACUUAAAAGCCUGGAUUGUAAUCGCCAAUUGUCCUAUUAGAGUUAAUGUCUCUAUUUUUUUUGUUAUCCAACUUGCCUACUUUUUGUGAUCCUGCAAUACAAAGGCUUGCUUUUAUCUUGUUUUCAGCAUACCGAAAGGAUCAAUCUAGAAGGAUUCAUUUAGUAAACAUUUAUUAAAUGCCUGCUAUGAGCUAAGUCUUGGGAUACAAAAAUAAAGAAGAAACCAUGCCCUGGUUAUGUGAAUCACUGGUUCUUGAACAGGGUUGUGUAUCAGUGUUGGAUAAAGUACAAAGAUAUUAGACUUGUAAGACUUUUAAACCUUUUAUUAGGAAUGUUUUCAGACUAGCUUACAGAAAAGUUGGGCUAGUGUGAUGAUUCCCCCCCAUACCAUCUCCUAAAUUUAAUAGUUAUUAACAUAAAGUACCUUCCCUCCCAUCUUUUCCAUGCUAUUUAUAUGUUAAGAAACCAGGUCUUAGAGGCUGUCUUACUUUCUGGAUUUAAUACAGUUUAUCUCAUUUCUUUAUCCUUUAAAAUUGCUUUAUAUUGGAAGUAAAAUCCAAAAGCUCAGUUGGACUCAGUUAAACAUUUUUGAUGAGAAUUCUUAGUGAUUCUGGGAGCAUAGUAGACAUAAUAAUCUGUAGGAGUGAUAUUUUGGCAACCUUUGAAUUUCUGAUUUCUCAUCAACUUUUCUUGUAAGGUUUCCUGAAUUAAUAUUUUAUUCCUUUUGGCAAUAUGAUAGUUUUCUAAUUCUGUUCUACAUUCUUCAUUUUUAUUAGCUGUAAUUAUUUAUAAGGAAGAAUUUUUCUUCAUCAGCUGAAGCUAUUUGGUUACUAUCUUAAAGGAAUCUUGAUUGGGGAGAAAUGAAAUCACUUUUUUCCUACAAUCUUCAAAAUAAUUAAAUAUCCAGAAAUUUAUAUUGUACAAAAAAUAGAGUUUUUUUUAAGUCUUUUUUGAGCUAAAUUCAUUGUGUUAUGUAUGCUUGCCACCAAAUUCUGAGACCAGCAUUAACAUAAAAUUUUCUACCUCUUGUUUGGUACCCUAAAAAUUCUAGUUGCCUCUGGCAAGCUAUUGACAAGAAUUUUAGACCUCUGAUGAAAUAAAUGUAUCAUCAUAUAAUAAUUUCCGAUGUGAGGUUUUAAGAUUAAAUAACUCACUAUAAUUUUUAAACUAUGUUUAAUUUAUUGAAGAUAGAGAAUCAAGUAUAUUUUAAAAGAAGGGAUGUGGGAUCAAGGAGGACAGCCUUGGCAGCAGUGGCCCUUGAACCAGCAGCAAUGGAUGCAGUCAUUCCAGCACCAACAGGAUCCAAGCCAGAUUGAUUGGGCUGCAUUGGCCCAAGCUUGGAUUGCCCAAAGAGAAGCUUCAGGACAGCAAAGCAUGGUAGAACAACCACCAGGAAUGAUGCCAAAUGGACAAGAUAUGUCUACAAUGGAAUCUGGUCCGAACAAUCAUGGGAAUUUCCAAGGGGAUUCAAACUUCAACAGAAUGUGGCAACCAGAAUGGGGAAUGCAUCAGCAACCCCCACACCCCCCUCCAGAUCAGCCAUGGAUGCCACCAACACCAGGCCCAAUGGACAUUGUUCCUCCUUCUGAAGACAGCAACAGUCAGGACAGUGGGGAAUUUGCCCCUGACAACAGGCAUAUAUUUAACCAGAACAAUCACAACUUUGGUGGACCACCCGAUAAUUUUGCAGUGGGGCCAGUGAACCAGUUUGACUAUCAGCAUGGGGCUGCUUUUGGUCCACCGCAAGGUGGAUUUCAUCCUCCUUAUUGGCAACCAGGACCUCCAGGACCUCCAGCACCUCCCCAGAAUCGAAGAGAAAGGCCAUCAUCAUUCAGGGAUCGUCAGCGUUCACCUAUUGCACUUCCUGUGAAGCAGGAGCCUCCACAAAUUGACGCAGUAAAACGCAGGACUCUUCCCGCUUGGAUUCGCGAAGGUCUUGAAAAAAUGGAACGUGAAAAGCAGAAGAAAUUGGAGAAAGAAAGAAUGGAACAACAACGUUCACAAUUGUCCAAAAAAGAAAAAAAGGCCACAGAAGAUGCUGAAGGAGGGGAUGGCCCUCGUUUACCUCAGAGAAGUAAAUUUGAUAGUGAUGAGGAAGAAGAAGACACUGAAAAUGUUGAGGCUGCAAGUAGUGGGAAAGUCACCAGAAGUCCAUCCCCAGUUCCUCAAGAAGAGCACAGUGACCCUGAGAUGACUGAAGAGGAGAAAGAGUAUCAAAUGAUGUUGCUGACAAAAAUGCUUCUGACAGAAAUUCUGCUGGAUGUCACAGAUGAAGAAAUUUAUUAUGUAGCCAAAGAUGCACACCGCAAAGCAACGAAAGCUCCUGCAAAACAGCUGGCACAGUCCAGUGCACUGGCUUCCCUCACUGGACUCGGUGGACUGGGUGGUUAUGGAUCAGGAGACAGUGAAGAUGAGAGGAGUGACAGAGGAUCUGAGUCAUCUGACACUGAUGAUGAAGAAUUACGGCAUCGAAUCCGGCAAAAACAGGAAGCUUUUUGGAGAAAAGAAAAAGAACAGCAGCUAUUACAUGAUAAACAGAUGGAAGAAGAAAAGCAGCAAACAGAAAGGGUUACAAAAGAGAUGAAUGAAUUUAUCCAUAAAGAGCAAAAUAGUUUAUCACUACUAGAAGCAAGAGAAGCAGACGGUGAUGUGGUUAAUGAAAAGAAGAGAACUGCAAAUGAAACCACAUCCGUUUUAGAACCAAAAAAAGAGCAUAAAGAAAAAGAAAAACAAGGAAGGAGUAGGUCGGGAAGUUCUAGUAGUGGUAGUUCCAGUAGCAAUAGCAGAACUAGUAGUACUAGUAGUACUGUCUCUAGCUCUUCAUACAGUUCUAGCUCAGGUAGUAGUCGUACUUCUUCUCGGUCGUCUUCUCCUAAAAGGAAAAAGAGACACAGUAGGAGUAGAUCUCCAACAAUCAAAGCUAGACGUAGCAGGAGUAGAAGCUACUCUCGCAGAAUUAAAAUAGAGAGCAAUAGGGCUAGGGUAAAGAUUAGAGAUAGGAGGAGAUCUAAUAGAAAUAGCCUUGAAAGAGAAAGACGACGAAAUCGGAGUCCUUCCCGAGAGAGACGUAGAAGUAGAAGUCGCUCAAGGGAUAGACGAACCAAUCGUGCCAGUCGCAGUAGGAGUCGAGAUAGGCGUAAAAUUGAUGAUCAACGUGGAAAUCUUAGUGGGAACAGUCAUAAGCAUAAAGGUGAGGCUAAAGAACAAGAGAGGAAAAAGGAGAGGAGUCGAAGUAUAGAUAAAGAUAGGAAAAAGAAAGACAAAGAAAGGGAACGUGAACAGGAUAAAAGAAAAGAGAAACAAAAAAGGGAAGAAAAAGAUUUUAAGUUCAGUAGUCAGGAUGAUAGAUUAAAAAGGAAACGAGAAAGUGAAAGAACAUUCUCUAGGAGUGGUUCUAUAUCUGUUAAAAUCAUAAGACAUGAUUCUAGACAGGAUAGUAAGAAAAGUACUACCAAAGAUAGUAAAAAACAUUCAGGCUCUGAUUCUAGUGGAAGGAGCAGUUCUGAGUCUCCAGGAAGUAGCAAAGAAAAGAAGGCUAAGAAGCCUAAACAUAGUCGAUCGCGAUCCAUGGAGAAAUCUCAAAGGUCUGGUAAGAAGGCAAGCCGCAAACACAAGUCUAAGUCCCGAUCAAGAUCAACGACCCCUCCCCGUCGUAAACGCUGAGGAAUGAUGUGGCAAGAAUGCCAUGAUGUUGUUUAAAAAAAUUCCAUGAGUUUUAAGGGCUUGUCUCAUUAUAGAGGCACAUUGUGGCUGUGUAGGUGAAACCAGAAUCUUUUUUUUUUUUUAAUCUGUAAAUAGGUGUACUUUUUCCAAUGCUGCUCCGAGUUACUUAAUAGGAUUUCUUUGUAUUACGUUUUUUUCAAAAAAUAUAGUGCAUAAUAAGACUAUAAACAUGCCAUUCUCUUUCAGCUGUAAUGUUCUUAAAAUUAUUCUUGAAUGUACUGUGAUGUCAAUAAAGCUCUUUAGUUCAUUUUUGUUAAACUCUUGCACCUUAAUUUUAUGGUUUUAAUCUAAGGAAAGUACUUUUAUAAAAAGGCAGCUGGAAUUUUGUAUAACAGGUUUUAAAGGUACCUUCUCUCACCUCCCCCAAAGAAAAUGGUUUUUACUUAAUAGUUUGUCAAAGUUUGUAAAUUGUACCCAUGGACUUUUGCCAGAUUUCAACUUUAAGGGUAUGAAAGAGGGCUAGAAAUAGACCUUUACUUUUCAUUUGGAAGUAUUUGACAACUUUCUAAACUUUUCUUCCUAUUUUGGGGAUUUUCAAGUAAUAUAUUCUCUGUGUGUAUAACGUGUGGUUCACUCCUGUAAAAUGAAAUUGCUGGAAUCAAUCAAGCCAGUGCACCAGUAGAGUUAUUUGUAAGGAACGAUUGUGUUUGACACUAACAGUCAAGUCUGGAACUGUAUUCUAGUCACCCACUUCUGUUUUAGAAGCAUUUUGAAACACUUUUUGGGGUUAUAGAAAUAAGACUCAUGAUUCAAUAUAUUUAUUUAUAUUUUUAAAGUAUAAUAUGACCUCAGAUCAAUGGAGGAAUACUGUAUUAUGCAGGUUUGUGUCAAUUUCAUGACAUUAAAAUUGUCUGAUUUUGUCCGUUUCUUAAAAUUAUAAUUAGUGAGUGGUCUAACAGUUUAAGGCAUAUAACUUACAAGUAGAAUGGGGCUCUCAAAGCAUUUUAACUCAGUUGCUUUCAGGGUCCAUUUUUUUAUGUAAUCACUUAUUCAGUGAUAAAUGAAUCUCUGAAAACAAAUGCUUUUACAUUUUAAUUUAAAAAGAAAACAGGUGCAGGCCACACAAAAGUUUUAAAGUAUGCCUUCUUACCAGCAAUAGUUCAUUUUAAAAAUCAUGCCAGAUUUUUGCCAAGAUCAGUGUUUCCUCAACAUGAAGAUAGAAAUAGAUUUGUAUAGUGUGCUCUUGUACCUCUACAUAGGUUAUUAUAUAAUUUUGAGCAGUUACACAUUUAUCUAAAGGAAAUAAAUCAACUGUGAAUAAAUGCAUGUUUACCAAAAUGGCUGUUUACAGUGCAUUUAGUUCUGAUAUUUAUAAAGAUGACAUUUCACAGAAUAACUUUAAAAUAGUUUGAAAUUCUAUAUAGUUUAGACAUCAAUCACAUCUGGAGACAAAAUAAAGGAAAAUGUGCAAUAUUUUUUAUGUAGGUGAGCUAACACAGUGUACCUAAUUGCAGAAUUAUCUGAUUAAUUUGUAAUAGAUAAGUUGUAUAACAUUUUCAUAUCUUAAAAUGUUUUUUAGAUCAAUCUUGAAGUGAAAUAUUAUUUUCAAAAUAAAAUUCUACAGAAAAAUUCUGUUGGCUAUGAUAUGCACAUUUUUGGGCAAGUUAUGAACUAGAGCCAAAAGUAGUAUUUGACAGUUUUAUUUACUCUGCCGUAAUUUGCAAGCUUAUCAGUUAAGUCUGUGGUUUUUUUAAAAGCCGUCAUGAUAUUUGUGAUUAUUAGUACAUAAACCAGUGUUAUAAUUUGAUAAUUUGGGUUUUUCAGACUUUUAGUGGCAGAUUUAGAGAAUUCAUUAUUUUCUUGACAUGUGAUAUAGUAUUUACCUUGAGUGGUAAGGUUUUAUAAAGUAGGGUUUCCAUGAUUUAGGAUGUGAAUGCGAAAACUUACACAUAAGUUAAUUAGAUGUAUAAUUUGGUUAUGAAAUCUUUUCUAAAAUAAUACCACCAGAAAAUUAACAGAUUAAAUUUUUGAGACAAUCCUUGGUCUGGAUUGGUUAAUGAAAAUGUCUUGUUUAAGAGGUUCUAUUAAAAAAUAUUUCUAGUGUAUUAGUCAUAAUUGUUUUUGUGGAGUAGGGGUAAACCACACCAUUAAGGGAAUAAAAUGUAAUUUGAAAGAGGUGAUUAUAAGAUUUGUUUCAGGCCCCAAAAUAUAAAUAAAAAUUGGUGUGGAA